GACAAAAAAGACAGCAAGGACGACAAGAAGGAGGAUAAGCCAGCCGCCGCCAAGUACACCACGCGCACGGUGGUAUUGGCGGACGGGACCUACGGUACGGAGAACGUCUACGAGGGCGGCGCGCCGGAGGACACCCAGGAGGAGCAGAAGGCAGAGAGCAAGAAGUCGUCGCCGCUGCGGACGCUGCUGCUCGGCGGGGACUUCCUCCUCUCGGCCAUGCUCGGCGUGUCCUUGACGAAGCUCUGCAUGAAGGCCAGCCUCCCGGCUGCGACCACGAACGAGGUGCUCCUCCUGAUCGUGAAUCUGUACAAGCUCGUGAGGCAGCACACGUGCGGGGGCGAGAAGACGGACAGCGCGGUCCGCCUGACGCAGUGCAUCCGCGCCCUCCUGGUGGAGGGCGGCAACGCGCUGGAGGCGAGCCACAGCUGCGCGGCCGCGCUGCUGAAGGCCGAGUGGGCCUCGAACCACGGGCGGUCGCAGCUGACCAAGGUGCUCGAGCUGGCCUCCCAGAAUGCGGAGUGGGCUCUAGGCCAGGAGGCCGAGGUUGAGGAGAAGAGUGUUGGUCCCGACGAGUGCAUCGUGUUCCGGCAGCUUCGCGAGCGGAAAGGUGGAGGCGCUGUGGACAGCAUCGACGACGAUGACGACUUCGGCGCCGCCCGCGGCAAGUCCGUGGCGGGGCAGGCCGCCGCGGACGGCGCCCUCUUCGCGGAGCGGCUGGCCAAGGUGCAGCAGAUGACGGGCCUGGCGGACCCCGUGUACGUCGAGGCGUUCCUGCAGGUGCACUCGUUUGACCUCGUGCUGGAGUUGCUCAUUGUUAACCGAACACAGGACACGCUCCAGAAUGUCGCGGUGGAGCUCAGCACCCAGGGCGACCUGAAGCUGGUCGACCGGCCACCGGUGCCUGCACCGUGCGUGGUUGCGGCCGCAUCGGCCAGCGGGGUGGCGCAGGUAGGACAGCAGAUCGCAGCCAUGGAGGCGCAGCCGCUGGCCCAGCAUCAACAUAUUGCGGACCUGCUAGCGACAGUGCAGCAGCUACAAACGCAGCAACGGCAGCAGCAGCAACAGGCCCAACCAGCGGCACCAGUAAUGCGCAUCGCGCAGCGCUUCGAGGGCGUGCUGGACGCCAAGAUCAUAGGGAAGGUCAAGCAGUUCGAUGGGACCAGAGGCGGCUGGUCAACCUGGGGGUUUCAUUGGAGAGCGUACAUGGUGGCCAAUGAUCAGCGCUACAGGGAGUUCUUCGACAAGCUAGACGAGAAGAACCUGGAACACCUGGACGACGCCAAGAAUGCCACCAUGAGUGUCGAUGGUGUGGAUUGGGAAGACCUCUCGACACAGCUCUACUACAUGCUGGUGCUGGCGAUGCCAGAGGAUUCCGCGGGAGAGACCAUCAUGCGCAACGUGUUGCACAGUGAGGGUGGUCAAGCUUGGGUGCGCCUGAAGGCCGAUUUUGCGCCCAACGAGCCUGGCAACGUGGUUGCGCGCGUGAGGCAGCUGAUGUCCACGCAGUGUCCGACGAACGCGGGCGCGGCCAACGAGAUAGAGAAGCUGGGUCUUGAGAUCAGCAAGUGCGAGAAGGCGGCCGGCGAGCAGGUGAGCGACAAUAUCAAGGAGGGGAUCUUGCUCGGCGCGCUGCAGAACGAGAGUGGCUUGCAGAAGCAUGUCUUCCGCAACCUUCGCAACCUCGCCACUUACCUCGAGGUGAAGGAUGAGGCCCUGAGUGCCCUGAAGGCCCAGCGUAGCUUCGGUGGCGACCCGAUGGAGAUCAAUGCGUUGAAAGGGGAGUCGAAGGGACAAGGAAAGGGCAAGGGCGACAAGGACACAGACAAGGGCAAAAACAAGUUCGAGCCGAAGGCGAAGGACAACCCGAAUCACCCGGGGAAGUGGUGCAGUCACUGCGAGAAGCCGAACCACGCCAAGGAUGGCUGCCGCAAGUUCAAGCGCGAGACGGAAGCCAAGGCCGAGGCAAAGAAGAAGGCCAAGGAUGAGAAGAAACAGCGGAGGGCCACGGCAGCAGCACUUGCCGCGGCGGGAGCUCAGGGACCUCACGGAGCUCAUCAUUCGCAAGACCAGAUCACCAACCCGAGCUCGCAGACGUUGACACCCAACACAGUGUACGCGAUGACGCAGCUGACAGGGCCAAGUUCAUCGGGAGCAACGCCGACGGCGAACACGCUCCCCACGAUGCCGCUAGGAAUGCGAGGGGCCAACGGUCUCUUCGCAGAUCAGGACACGAUCCAGCCGAAGUACAUAUUUGCCUUGUCGGUGGAGAUGUCGAAGCAGAGGUCGAGGUCCGCAGAGCACGACAAGGGCUACGAGCUCGCCAACUCGCGCACCUCCAAGCUGCAGGCCAUCGACGGCACGCAGGUCCAGCACUACGGCAGGACGGGCGCCCGACACAAAACGGGUCGGGACGUGAUCCAGAUCUCGGCGGAGGCCGCCGACGUUGAGUUCCCCGUGCUGUCUUCCGACGCGAUCACCAAGCAGGGCAAGUCGGUCAUCCACCCCCCCUUGGGCGACUGGAUCGUAGACAGUCCGAUCUCACCUCCGACGGCAGCGAGGUCGAUCAAGCUGACGAAGGAUCGAGGCACGUGCUACCUGGAGUACGACGAUGCUGGACAGCGGGGCCAUAGGCAAACGCGCGAAUACUGCGAGGAGGUCGGCGACGAGCAGCUAGGUGAGCAGCUGUGCAUCGGUGCGACGCGCAAGACCCUGCCAGCGCAGGUGCCAGACGCGCAGGACCGACAGCAGCUGCCGACGGCGCUUGGGCCAGACCCCAGCGAUAACGUCACCCUGAAGGCGAAGGAACUCUCCAGGCCAGGACAACCCUCGGCGGAGGAGAGGAGAGCUCACGUAGCACAUCAUCUUCCUUUCAGGUCAUGGUGCAGCGAGUGCGUCAUGGGCCGCGGGAAGGACGCCCCCCACGAGAUGAGCUCAGAGCAGAAGAAGGAAGGCGAGUACCCCGUUGUGGAGAUGGGCUUCUUCUUCGCGGCCACGGACGAGAUCGCCAGGAAGCACCCCAUGAUAAAUGGCUACGUCGUCAAGGUUGUUGACUUUUGGAAGCUAGAGCAGAAGGAGCGGGGAGAGAUGCCCGCGAUCCUGAACGUCGCGGACUGCAGGUCCAACGCGUCUGCCACGCUGUUCGGCUCCAAGCAGAUGGGUGACUGCAAGGCGCACUACGUCGCCAAGCUCGUCGACAGCUGGGGCCACGCGACUGUGAUUCUGCUCACGGAUGGCGAGAACGCAAUCGUUGCCGUGGCGGAGCAGGUGAAGCAGCUCAGGUCGCACUCUACGACCAAGCUAGGCUGCAAGCUCGAGCUAACGGACUCCAUCCUCGCCUUCCUGGCCAACACCGUCGGCUGGUACAUCGCGAGGUCCCAGCCGAGGAGCCGCGGGGGAUCCAGCUACAAGUACCUCGUCGGGCGAGAGUAUGCUGGUGAGGUCGCGGAGUCGGAGUUCGAUGGCCAGCGCCUGGUGGUGGACCUGCAGCGGGGCCUCCUGAAGGUGCGCGCGGUCCGCCGCAUGCCCGAGGAGUUCCGUUGGAACGCCGAGCUUGUCAAGCAGAUCGACAGAGUGAAGUCGACCAUCAGGAAGUCCAUGUAUAUCACCGAGAACAUGCUGAACACGUAUGGCCCGACGGACAACUGCCCCAAGUGCUCCUACGGAAAGGGCCAGCACAGUGACCAGUGCAGGCAGCGCUUCGAGACGAUCGCGCAGGAGAGGCUGGAGGCGAAGCUCUUGGAGGAGACCAAGGGCGGACCUGUCCAGGAGGCCGCCGAGCCGAACAAGCGACAGCGGAUCGGCGCCCUGGUGAAGGCACCCGAGGUGGUGGUCCUCGCUGGUUUCUCGGUCUGUGAGCUGGCAGUCUGCGAGGAGGACGACGACCAGGGGGAGGGUCCGCCUUGGGACAUGAUCCCGAAGGCUGCUGAGCGGCGCGACGGCCUGUGCGAGGGCCAUGUGGGGCGCUGCGCUUACCGACGCGAUCACGACGGAGAGUGUGCGUGCAGGAGGUGCCUCAUUGGAGCUGCCAAGAAGCUCAACCCCGACGCGGAGGUCGUGGCUAGCCUGUGCGCGUUGUGGUCGAGACGUCUGACAGCUGAACAGUGCGACUGGAGCCAGGAGCCCGAGCUUGCUGCGAAGAUCCAUUACGAUUACUACACUGGAGAGCCCCUUGACGAAGUCAAGUACCAGAAGGGCAAGGCAGAUGAACUCCAGGCCAUGGCCGAGUACGGCGUGUACCGCAAGAUCCGCAUCGCCGACUGCGUGCCUGGAGGCAAGCACGUGGGAGGAAUUCCCAUUGCUCACGAGAAGGCGGGCGGGGUGCGUUGGCGCUGUGUGGCGACCGAGGUGGCCCAUCAGCAUCGCGAGGACAACCGCCAAGGCACACCGCCGCUGGCGAUGAUCCGAUCGAUCCUGAGUUUAGCCGCCAGCAGGCCAGACAAGGACGGGGGGCACAGACGGUGCAUCCGCAUCUGGGAUGUUCGCAAGGCGUUCUUCAACAGCGACCUGCACGAGAAGAUCUACGUUCACCCAGGGAGCGAGCUCUGCGAGCGAGGCUGCUGCUGGGAGUUGCUCAAGGCGCUGUGCGGGACCCGCCUGGCUAGCCAGUUGUGGGGUGAGAACCUGGACGAAGUCUUGAGCACGGAUUACGAGAUCACCUCAUCUCCCCCGCUCGGUCCUGGACAUCCUGGAGUGGCCCGCUACCUCAAGCGCAGCUGCGUCCAUGCCGACCAGCUGCCCGAGACACUGCUGCCAGGCUUCUUCUGGCAUGCCGACCCGAAGCACGUUUCGGAGAUCAUCAAGUUCGGUUCCAAGGAGGGCGCGAAGAUGGUCGACGCGCCUGGCACCAGGGCGAUAGGAGCUCAGCUACGCAACGCACUGGGCCCGAUGCCCACGGCUGAGUGGCGCAAGACGGCAUCAGCAGGAGGAUUGACACUCUACUUGGCAGCAGAUCGGCCAGAUAUCAUGUUCGCGAGUAAGACCACCAGGCAAGACGUGAGCAAGCCGAGCUACCAGAUGAACGCGAGGCUCAUGAGGUUAGCACGCUACUCGGAGGGCCAUCAGGUUCUGGUCUGGUGCUACGAGCUGCAGGAGCUUCCGAAGAUCCUGAGAGCUGACGGGGAUGCCGACUGGGCAGCUCCAACAUCCGUGGCGCGGAAGAGUACAUCUGGCGGAUUCGUGAAGGAGGACACUCGCAAGAUGGUGGCGGACAUCCUGACCGAGUACGUGGAUAAGGACAGCAUGGCGACGCACCUGCAUGAGCUGAACCUGAGGAUGGCACGGGCCCCGAUGAUCGUCGCCACCCUGGCGAUGAACUCUGGGGUGGCGAGGGCCGAGGAUCAAUGCGUGACGAGUCUGGAGAUCGAGAAGCAGACGCUGGAGCAGUCAGAGCCUUUUCCCUGGCUGCUGCUCAGCUUGGCAGUGGUGCUGUGCUCCGUAGCUUACCUCGUCGGCUGGCACAUGGGUAGGCGCAAGGCCGUCGCUCGGACAGUUGAGGAGGGCCCAAGAGUGGCCAUGGUAGGCAGGAACUGGACACCGCAUGGAGGACUUUCCGAGCUGAAGGUGCACCCGAACCUCGAUGACAAGAAGCAGAUCACGAGGGAGGUUCACCGCCUGUACGGUGCUUACACUGUUGACGAGCUGAGGGAGCUGCUAGGCAGGCGUGGCCUGGUGCUGAAGAGGGGCUACACCAAGAAGGAGGAGCUCAUCGAAAAUGCCAGGGACACCAGCCCGACGGAGAUGCAUAUUCUCACCCAGCUGACGAUGGAGUUGAAAGACCACGGGAUCGACGUGAAGUGGCGUGCUCGCAUGCUUGCGAGCGGGGAUGACAUCAAUAAUAUGAUCACCACCACCACGGAGGUCGUGGACCGCCUGCGAGAGCUCCUCCGCUGA